AUGUCAGCGCAAACUACAGUCGCAUCUGAAUACUCCUCGGAGAUCCAUUCUGUUCCCAUUGAGCACAGAUUCAACCCAUAUUCAGACAAUGGAGGAACAGUAUUAGGAAUUGCAGGUGAAGAUUUCGCCGUCCUCGCAGGAGACACAAGACAAGUUGAAGGGUACUCAAUACAAUCGAGAUACGAACCUAAAAUCCACAAUGUUGGAGACAAUAUAUUAAUGACGGCCAAUGGGUUUGCCGCUGAUGGUAUUGCUUUGAUUGACAAAUUUAAACAAUCAUUUACUUGGUACAAAUUCGACAAUGGAAACAGGAAAUUGGAAAUAAGCAGUGCUGCUAGAUAUAUUCAGCAUCUUUUGUACGGGAAAAGAUUUUUCCCUUACUAUGUAAGUACGUUGAUUGCUGGAUUGGAUGAGGAAGGCAAAGGUGCAGUUUAUUCAUAUGACCCAGUUGGAAGUUAUGAGAGAGAACAGUGUAGGGCUGGAGGUGCAGCUGCUAGUUUGAUCAUGCCAUUCUUGGAUAAUCAAGUCAACUUCAAGAAUCAAUUUGUGCCAGAAACCGAUGGAAAGGAGAAGAAACCAUUAAAGUAUUUGUCGUUGGAAGAAGUGAUACAAUUGGUACGAGACGCAUUCAAUUCUGCUGGUGAAAGACAUAUUUACGUAGGUGAUGGUUUGGAAAUCUUGAUUGUAACAAAAGAUGGCGUUAGGACUGAAUAUUUCCCAUUGAAGAGAGAUUAG